AUGGAUUCCCUCAUUCGAUUCAUAUCGAUAUUUUACGCAUUAUUAAUCUACACAACAUUCACCAAUGCCAAACACAACAAGUUCCGUACGCCAUCAAACACCGAUCCUCGUAUUGUGGGCGGCGAAGAGACAACCAUUGAUCGAGUACCAUAUUUAAUAAACCUACGACGAAAUGGACAAUUUACUUGUGGCGGUUCGUUGAUAACACCCUAUUGUGUCCUCACCGCCGCCCAUUGUGUUUAUCGCGCAACUGCCAAUAGUUUAACAGUAGCUGGAGGUGCUUCAAAACUUACCGAUAACGCCGAAAUGCGACAAGUUCAACAAACAUUUGUAUCGGCUUUCUAUACGCCCAGCACAUUGGAUAUGGAUGUGGCAGUUUUGAAAUUAAUGCAACCUUUGGUGGGAACAAAUAUUGCCACAAUUUCUCUUUGCUCCAAAAAACCCGAGGAUGGUGAAUUGGUACAGAUAUCCGGUUGGGGUUAUACAAGUGAAACAAAUCGUCAACCAUCCGAACAAGUUCGUACUGCCAAUGUACGCAUGGUAUCCCGUGCAGAAUGCCAGCAGGCCUAUGGAGGACAAGCAACGCUGACAAGCAGCAUGUUUUGUGCCACAAUACCCGGGCAGAAAGAUUCAUGUUCGGGUGAUUCUGGAGGUCCCGUUGUCUAUAGGGGUGAGGUUUGUGGUAUUGUUUCAUGGGGAUUUGGUUGUGCACGUCCUGAAUAUCCUGGUGUGUAUACAAAUGUCGCCAGUUUGCGAGUAAAUGCCUAUAUUCGUGGUAUUGUUAUGGCAAAUUGUUUAUAA